UUAAGUUGUUUGGAAAGAUUAUUAGUAACAUAAAUAUUUACAACUCAAACGAUUGAAAAUUGAGAUUUCGUUAAAAAGGAAACAGUGUUUACAUCAUUCUUUUACUCAAUACCAUUUCCCCGCGGAAACGUCACAGCACGCGACGAAAAAUUGGAAAUCCAACCGGAAGAGGAGCACGUUUUCACAUGUAACCUUGGGAAAACGACGUUAGAAGAUGAUUCUGUGUUAUUUUAGAUGAGUGAUAAGGUUUUAUAGGUAUAUGGCGUUCAUUUCAGCACCCACACUUUGUGAAAUAACAUAUGAUUUAUCCGAAGAGGAGAAAAGUUACACACCUUUUCGAUAUCAAUGCCGGUCCGCUCCUGGGACACGGGCAAAUGUUCAGAGCCCUUCAGGGUACAGUGAAGUUACUAAUUAUAGUCUUCCAACAGGAUUGACCGUUACUUACUAUGAAUAUCUUCGUUCUCUUUAUGACUCAAGGAUACACAGUGCAAACAAGAAGGCAUACAGACACAGUAGUGCACAUCCUUCUUCAGCAUCUCAUGUAGGGACAUCUAUAAGCGGUCAUACUACAGAAGGCUCACGUAGGACUGGACGACCUAAGACUGCUCUGCCUUAUGUAUCCCAGACACUACCCACAGUUCCACAGUCCCCUGGAAGGGAGGCAUGGGGAGAUGGCCAUUCACAGGAUGAUAAGCUAGUGUGGUCGGAUGCCCUGAAUAAAUGGCUUCCAGAAAACCAGUUAAACAGCAGACCAUAUGUAAGUUUUGUAGGGACAGCACCAACAGUGGAGAAACUGUAUACCAAUCUCAGAGAGCAUAAACAUGAAGGAGUUGAUGGUGCUUGUUGCGACAGAUAUGAUGAUCAUAUGAAAUCUUAUGAACAAAAAGCCAAACAUGGAAUGGCUCCAAAGCAACUACAUCCAGAAAAUUCUUUUAUAAAUCGUCUCAUGGCUUUAAGGAAAAAAGAAGCUCUACGCAAAAAGGCCCAAGAACAGUUAGAACAGAGACGUCAAAGAAAGGCACAUUCGUCACCUCUGCAUUCAUCUAUUAAUGAAAGGAGACAAAAGGUGAGAUUCCAAAUGCCAAGGUCAACAAAAGUUUCACCCAGAUCUCCCCGAGAUUCAGCAGUUAAAGAAGAUCAAGAUUUCAAUAAACAAUGGGAUGAUGAGGCAAACAUGGAAGAUGUAAAGAAAGAAGAGGAGAUAACUCCACCAGAAACAGAAGUUAAAGGAUCCAGUAGUUCAGAAACAGAUGGGGAUCAAAGUUCAAAAGGUGCUGAAGUGAACGAAGAGUCCAAGCCAUUAGAGAAAUCACAAUCAGAAUUAGAUAGAGAGAAUGCAAAAAGAUUGCUGGCUGAAUUGGAAGCCAAGAAGAAGAAAGAAAAACAAGUUGUGAUAGUACCAGUUGAGGUUGUCAAACCUCCUCAAGUUCAAAUAAUGCAGGAAAGUGAAAUAAUUGAGGAGGAGGAAGAGGAGGAGGAGGUGGUGGAAGAAAAAAAGGAGAUUGAUAGUAGUAAAACUCCUUCUACUAAACUUCCCAUUAUGCCUCUCUCAAAAGCUGGUAAAAGCUUGCCUUCACAGCCUGCAGCCAAACCAAAGGGAGAACAAAAGAAGAUGAAAAAAGCUCCCAAAAAAGAUACUGAGGUAAAACCAAAAGAAGUCAGACCAAGUCGUUCUAAAACUAAACCAGUGCCAAAAGUCAAAACUAAAAAUAAAGAUCAUCAUGACAAGGAGGAAAAACAAGAUUUGGAUGAAACUGGUACUCUAAUUAGUGAGGACACAACUCAUUCUGUAGCUACCAUAGAAGAUACAAAGACUGGUCCCCUGUCACUCACUGUCUCAGCUGACAAAACUUCACAGCCAGAAGAAAGUCCCUCACCACAGCCUAAAAGGAGAACAGUGGUUAAGAAAGUUUUUGUUCCAAAAGUCAAACCUAAAGUAGAAAGGCAAGACUCUACACCAACUCCUGAAUUAGAGGAAGAAAAAUCUUUGACACCUGAAUUAGAAGAAGCAGAAAUAGAAGAGACACCUAUUGUUGAAGAGCCAGCACUUCCUGUUGUUGAACUUGAUGAGCCACCAUUACCUGAUCCUUCGCUUUAUAAAUGUAAAGACUCAAAAUCUUCAACAAAAAACAAAUCUAUAUUAAAACCAAUACUUAAACUUGAACAAAAACUGAAGAAACAGAGACAGUUCAAACGGGAUACAUCUUAUGAAGAAGAAUUACGGAGACAAGAAGAAGCAGAGAGACGAAGACAAAAACAAAUGGAGAUGCUCGAAAAGAUGAAGAAUAGGAAUAAAAGGACCGGUGGUGAAGCUGAAGCUGAGGAAGAGGCAAGGAAUUUUGAUAAUUAUGGAUUCUUAGCAAAAUACUGUAUAUUCAACAAGCUAACUUUAGAUGCCUACAGAAGGACAUUUGAUUCUGUUGAUGAAGAAAGGAAAGGGUGGAUUAAAGGUGUAGAUGUGAUGAUAGGUUUACGUGGAAUCAAUCAGAAAAUCUCAUACGAGGAAGAGGAAUAUUUAUACAGGGUAAUGGAAAUAACAGGGUACAAUAUUUCACAAGGUGCUGAUUUUAAAUUGUUUGCUGUUAUGGCUGCUCUAUCAUUAAAAAUUAGUUCUUUAGAUUCUUGGAUGAGGAAUAUGAUCGGCAGCAUGGAUUUUAAGAUGUUGGAUACUAAAAUGUAUAUGUGUAAGAAAUUGUGGGAGUGUAAUGUUGAUCCAGAUACAAAUAAGAUUUCUAUUGACCAGUUGUGUAUAGAACUUAGAGCUGGUGGAAUUAGUCAGAAACAUGAGAUAGAAGUGCGGGAGAAAUUAGGACAUUUGAAGGCGUUAGAUUUGUUAGACUUUCUGACAUAUAUACCUUUAUUUAUUUUAAUCCAUGAAUCGGUAGUUGACAAUCCAUUUGAUGAUAGACGAGAUAAAUGAUAAAGAUGACAGAAACAUUAGCACCAUUGAAUUCUUUUGUUAAUUAUUCUAAUCCAUGAAUAGGUAGUUGACAAUCCAUAUAAUGAGAGCCUAGAUAAAUGAUAAAGAUGAGACUGAGAAGCAUUAUUAGCGCCAUUGAAUUCUUUGGAUCAUUCCUGUUACACGAGAAAUGAUAAAAUGAUCACAGCAGUAGCCACAGCACCUUUUUGAGAUUCAUCGGACAAAUCAUUUUUGAAAUAAAAUGAUGAAUGUUAAAAUUCACAACAGUAGCAGCACUUUAGCAAUUCAAUAAUGUUAACAACGACAUAAAGGAAAUAAGUUCAUUUUAAUUUAAAACAUAUACUAAAAAGAAACUUAUAUGUUCAUCAGCAAAAAGAAUAAAAUAUAAAUGGGUUUAUUCAACAAAAUACCAAUAACAUUAUGUCAUAAGUUGAAUAUCCAUUGUUUACAAUGUUAAACAAUACUGCAUUUGGUGUUUGCUUUCAAAAUGUAACAUUGAAUGAUAAGAAAAGAUUGUAUGCUCCCACCUAUGACAGUAGGGGCAUAUUGUUUUGCAUUGUGUCCAUUCUGGUAGUUUACAAAGCAGUUUAUUGAUUGGCAAAGUGUUCAACGGACACAUAUUCUUGUUUUUUAAUUUGAUAAUAGAAGAAAAAUAAUUUGGGAAAAAAUUUCAAAACUUAUAUCCUACAAAUAAACUGUUAUAUCUACAUUUUUUUUUAUUUCUGAAUUUUCCAGGAUGUGUAUGUUUAGUAAUAUAUGUGUAUUGGUAAAAUUGCAUAAUGUAGAUCGUUCUUUGUGAUAUUUAAUGACAAUUGUGCAAUAUGAAAUAUGGAGAAAUUACAUAAUUAAAUAUAUUUUAUAUGUGAAUGGAAUAGGUUUAUGAAAGGUCUAUACUAGCCCUAAAAUCCAAAAAUCUAUAGAUAAGUCAAAUGGCUGUAUUCGUCGGACAACAACUUUUUGAAGUUAUUGCCCUUUAAUGAAGAUUUUUCCCAUUUUUGUUUGUUUUUACCUAUUAUCUUGAUAUCUAUCUGAUUCAUUAAUCAAUACACCAAUUAGGUUUCAGCACAGUGCAACACGGAUGUUGUCAUUUUGAAGUUUAAAUGAAAGAAAAAGCAUUAAUUUGGCUGAUUGCUGAGUUUUGCUUUAGAAAAAAAUUGACUACAUUCAUCGAAAAAACAUUAUUUUUUGACAGGUGUGUAUCAUACCUUGGCAAAAAUAUGAUUUUACUCGGAGGACGAACUUUAGUCAUAGGUUAAUAGCCUAUUUUAAAUGAAUUAGAAAUGUAAAUCUGACUUAAAUCUUAAAAUAAGAUAUCCUAUUCCUCAACAUGCAUGAAAUAUUUGCCACUGGACAUUAAGCACACAACAAUCAAUCAAAAAUGAAAUAUAUCAUAUGCCUGAAGAUAUCCACAUUCUCUAAAGGAAACAAAUUGAAAAAAAAAUGCUCCAUUAAUUUAAAUUUGUACAAUUAGGAAUUGGAAUGACUGCUUAUUUUGGUUAAAUAAUACAUACUUCAAAGUUUAAGGUCAAAGAAAGACCUGUCUGUUCCUACUCCAAACAAAUGAGCACUUGUGAUAGUAUUAAACUGUGAUAAUAUGCAAUCAGAUGAUUUAUAGAUUUUUUGAGUAUUAUUAUGAUUCAUGUGGAUCAUAGGAACAGUAAAAAAUAAAUAAAUAAAAAGUA